AUGACAUCACCUGAUAUUAUCUCAGCUUUGAUGAAUUGCCAAUUGCGUGAGCGUAAAUCAUCUGAACUCGCAAACUAUGUAACUGCAUCUUUAACAGAUGAGAUGCUAAUAAAUGGAGAUAAUACAUGCAUUAAUGAUAUUCAUAGUGUUACACGGGUUGGUCUUUCUGCUGAUAGUGACAAAAAUGGGCAUGAAGACUCGAGGCUUGCUUUGGGAGCACCGGCUGGAGGGCGACUGGGUGUGUCUGGGCCAGCCAACAAGGAUCGUGUACCUCCGGACACGACGCGAUCAGUGGGGACGCCGCAGGCCGGGGCGCCUGCACGUUGCGCGGGGGCUUGGGCGACCCGCUGGCGGGCCGCGGGCGGGCCCGGCCCGGCGCUCGCACCAGACCCUGGUGUCAUAGGAGAAUUGAAGAGCAGUAGCUUCCUACGCCCCAAUCGUUUUAAAGAAGCUUCGGGUAGAAGAACGACUGCGAAGGAGAACCCCGUGGCAUCCGUUGGCCUAGAGCGACAAGCCGAUCUGCCCUUCCCCGACGGUGGUUCCGCGGGGAGGGAAUCGGAGGAAUGGGAGGGCUUUGUAGUGGGUGAGGCAGAGGCUAGCUGUGAAUUCCACACGCUGCGGAGAGUGGACUUCGCAGUGGCUUUGGAAGGUUUUUACCGCCGCUCUAGUAAAGCGCACACGUACAGGCAGAGCAGCACCUUCUCGACGGCCUCCAGCCAGCCGCCCGCCGCGCCCGCCCCGCCCCCGCUGCCGUCCUCGUCCGCACGGCGCCAGAGGGCGGCGAGCGACGGACAGCUGGCCGACUCGUCGGAUGCCAGCCCGCGCCCGCCCGCGCACCGCCGCUCAGCUGUUCCCAAGGACAAAGGACACACCAGCCCCGGCCCGGCCCGGCCCGCGAGGAACAGACUUCACAUGCAAUCGGAUCGCACACGGCCUCCUGCACACGCCUGCCCGCCGGCGGAGGAGCACAGUUCCAGACGGCCUGGACUGCGCUGCGCGACU